CAAACAAGUAGCUGCACGAGUCGUGAUUAUCAUCUAUAACCACCAUGACGGAAAAAUCUUAUGAAAAAAAUGGUUCGUCCACCGCGUCCAGACGAGGUUGUUCCUCGUUAGAACAUGAUUCCUCCCAACAGCACGUUGAGGAUCUCAUCCAGGCUGCCUUUUCGUGUGCGUUGGAGGAUCAUUUGGAGACAAAUGGUGAGCGACCUGCGAGCUUGUUAGCCGGUAACGCCCGUGCAGGCCCCUGUGCAACAGGACUUCUAGGGGAACAGAAAUAUGGAAAGGAGCAGGAGCACGAUGAGAAUGCGUGUCCCGCAGCCAAUAAAGAUGCUUUGGUGCUGUCUUCAGAUGUUCAUGACGAGUUUCCACUCGAGCAGAGUGAUGAACAAAACAAAAAAUCGACCUCAAGAACAAGAAGUGCUGUUGAUAGGGAGGAACCUGAGCCACAUCCAGCACCAAGUAGGAACAGUCCUCAAUAUUCGGAGGCUGAAGUUGCUUCUUGGUAUCCUGGACUGCAGAUGUUAGGGAUGAAGGCGACGGAUGAGACCAUUAGCACCUCCGCGAAGCUUAAACUCCUGCAUCAACAACAUCAAGAACAACGAGAACCAGAAGAUGAACAACGAGAAAUAGAAGAUCAGCAGAGACAAGGACCACAGAAAUUUCGAGAAAGCGCGAUCGAUGUCUCUAGGAAGUUCCUUGAGCAGAGGCGGCAGCAGCGUGAAGAUGAAGCUGCGCCUACCAGAGGCAGAGACGCCAGUUUCUACUCAGCUGCUCUAGAACGAGUAAAAGCCGCUAUUGUGAGCAGUCAUGAUGUCGGAAAUCAAGGGCACUGCGACGGCCCUAAUCAGGGGCUGGGAGGCGGGGUUUUAGGUGGCUGAAGUAGAAUUCGGAUAUCAUGUGGUGCAGCAAAUAUCGAAGUCUAUUUGAUAACUUCAUUGCCGUGAUUUCGACAUCACGUUGUGGUGUUGCAUAAAUGCUCCUCAGUGCUGUCAGUAUAAGUGAAAAAUCUAGACAUACCUCCACUUGGUACGGUACAGGUAGAGAUACUCAUCCUCAAGUCCAGAUAAGUGCUAUAAACAUUCUUCUAGUAGACGAAAAAGUGACUCAACGACAAGUUUUGGGAUAGUGCAGUAUGCAUGACCAU